AUUACGAAUAAUUAUGGGCGAUUGUUGGCAAAUCCGGUAAAUCCGAAAAUUCAUCAUGUGUCCUCGCGGCGAGAGAGAGAGAGAGAGAGAGAGAGAGAGAGAGAGACCUGAAAUUACGCUAAACGUUAACGCGUCGGAUUGUUUAAUUUAUUCGGCGUGCGCGCGCGAAUACAAAUAAAUCAUCUGCAUUCGUUUAAAGCGUUCGUUAACGAAAUCGUAAGUAAUUACACCGCGAGAGGGGGAGAGAGGAUUGGUAUAGCGAUCUCGUUAGUAUCUCUUCGAGGAACUCAAUCUAAAUUCGAUCGGCACGCACACGUCGCCGCGAUAAGGGACACCGCCGUAUCGGACAAUAUUUUUUUUUUCUUGCACUUUGCCGGGCGUGGAUGCAAUGCAACGAGCGAUGAUCGACGCAGCGUGCAUCAUCGUCAGCGCGUCAUUGCGUCAAGCUUAACCGAUGUCGGACGAUCAUUUCCGUUCUUCCGUCCGUCUAACUGUUACAACGAGACGGCGGACGUUGAUAACGUUGCUAUUUAUUCUACACGCACGCCCCGGCACUCGACUUAACCUCUUCACGGCGUGCAGCCCGGAAUGCAUCAUAGGAGCGCGACCGACUAUUGAUCGGCCGGUCGACAGUGCGCCAGCGCAAGUCGAGGCCGGACGAAGAGAGGCAUUCAUGAGCGCGAGCCGCCCUCGGCCUUAGUGCGUUUGGUCGACAUUUCGCUGUCGUUAUGCUCGUCGUCGCACGGAAGCGCCCCUAGACGCUGCCAUAAUGUCCGGUGCAAGACAGGGAUUAUAUCGGCUUCGCGACGCUGCCGGAGCAAGUGCACCGAAAAUCGGUGAAGAGGGGCUUCGAGUUCACCCUGAUGGUAUUGGGUGAGACCGGUCUCGGCAAGUCGACGCUCAUAAACAGCCUCUUCCUCGGGGACCUGUAUAAAGACCGGCGAAUUCCGGAUGCGGCGGAGCGAGUGGCUAAAACCACCUCUAUCGAGAAAAAGACAAUGGAUAUAGAAGAGCGUGGCGUUCGGCUCCGCCUAACGAUCGUAGAUACGCCAGGAUUCGGCGAUUCGGUAAAUUGCGAGGAUACGUGGAAAGCAUGCUCGGCUUAUAUCGACGAGCAGUUUCGCCAAUAUUUCACGGACGAAAGCGGAUUAAAUAGGAAAAAUAUUCAAGAUAACAGGGUACACUGCUGCCUGUACUUUAUACCACCGUACGGCCAUGGCCUCCGGCAAAUUGAUCUCGAGGUGCUAAGGCGUUUACAUCGGAAAGUUAACGUCGUUCCCGUGAUAGCGAAAGCAGACACCUUAACCACUCACGAGGUGAAAAAGCUGAAGGAGCGUAUCUUGGCAGACAUCGAGGAACAUGAGAUUCAGAUAUAUCAAUUCCCGGAUUGUGACAGCGACGAGGAUGAAGAGUUCAAGCAACAGGAUAAGGAGCUGAAGGCUUGUAUACCGUUCGCAGUCGUCGGAAGUUCGACGGUGCUGGAGGUUGCCGGGAGGAAAGUUCGUGGCCGGCAGUAUCCGUGGGGUGUAGUGGAAGUCGAGAACCCGAAGCACAGUGACUUCGUCAAACUAAGGACGAUGCUAAUAUCGACGCACAUGCAGGAUCUUAAGGACGUCACGCAGGACGUUCACUACGAGAAUUUUCGGGCCCAAUGUAUUUCUCAAAUUUCGCAACAAGCCAUCCGGGAACGGAGGUAUUUACGCAUCAAACUGAAAAGAGAUUCCGGACCACACUUCGAGAACAGUAUAUCCGACACGGACCGACUUCUUUUGCAGAAAGAUGAGGAGAUACGAAGAAUGCAAGAUAUACUGGCGCAGAUGCAAGAGAAGCUCAAAGCGACCGGUCAGGUCGGCGGCGGCGGCGGCGGCGGUGGUGGUGGUGUCGGAUUGCGUGGCCGUGUGGGUAGUCUCGGCAAUGAUCUCGAUUCCGCAGACGUGGAUAAGAAACGCAACAGUAUUAUAGACGUUUGAAGCGUAAGAUUAUACGGGGAUGUAUGUACAUACAUCCGGGACAUACAACGCUUUACUCUCCCGAGAGAUCUGUACAUAUUUCGUACUUGACUAGUUUCUCGAUCGCAGAAAAUUCUCGAGAGUGUAGCUUUAGCAUGAAUUCUCUACAUUCAAAAUUUAUAUAAAUUUUUAAAGUACAUCAUACUUGCUCUAUUUAUAUAAUAAUCGAAAUUAAAAUUGAUCGAUCGAAAUUAAAGCAAAAAAAUAAAUUCGUCUCUAUUUGCGGUAGAUAAUCAUUAAGAUUAUUUAUUUAUUUCUUCAUUAGGUAAUCAUGAAGACUAUUUAUUUCUUCUCUCGAUCACGUGCUAUAUCACCGCGCAGAAAACAGACAAAAUAUAAAACCAAAAUUCAUUAAAUAUGCUUAUCCGCCAAUUAAUAUUCGAUCAAAUCGAGCUUGUACAGAUCUGUCGACACUCUCCGCUGACCUCGGUGAUACGUGAGAUAUAGGAAUGUAUUUUAUACUUUAAACACGCAUAGCUAAUUUAUACAAAUAGUAGACACGCGUAAUCUAUAAAAAAAUUUACGGGAGAUAUACACACAUACACCGGAAACGGACGCGUAACCAAUGGCACAAGUCCUAAAAUUAACAAGGAGGAAAACUCCCGUUCAGUUUAUUGUUUACACUGUUACACUGAGAAAAAAAAGCUUCAAAAUUCAUUUGUGAGAUAUACGUAUAGGUUUGUUUUUAAUGAAUAAAUAUUUAAAUAUGGCAAAAUAAAAUUUUAUUCUCAGCAAAUAAAUCAAUUAAAAAAUGAAACACAUUCUGUCAUCACAAUCAAUUUUUUUUGUAAAUCAAUAAAUACCGAAAAAAAAACAUAUACUUGCUAACAUUUCGACUUCUUUUUCUCAUUGUAGCACAAGAUUUAUAAUCCCGAGUGUAUGCCAAAGAAUUGCGAAAGGUAUUAGUGAUUAGAAUUAACGUUCUAAAUAUACGCACAAUAAUCCAUAUAAAUUAUAUAGAGUUAUAUAAAAAGAGUGAGCUGCGAGAGAACUUUUCGAUUCGCGGGGAGACCAAAGAUCCGCAUUUUUUUUGCACAGUCACUACUUUAAUAAUUUUUUAAUUGUAUAGCCCACACUUCAAGUUUAUUUCUCGUGAGAAUGUAUACAUGUUUUGUAAACAAUAAACACGCCGUAUAAAUGAUACGGUCAACUCAAAUCUCAA